GUUUUUCUCAUUUAGAAAAUCUGCUUGUAACUUUAAUAGAUGAUGACUGGACUUCGGUUAAACUUGGCUCCUGUUAAGGAGCCGCUUGGUUUCAUCAAAGUUUUGGAGUGGCUAACCGCAGUUUUUUCGUUCGGAAGUUGCGGCGGAUUCAUUGGGCGCAAUGUAGUGUCGAUCUUCUGCAGCGGAGGAAACGAAACUUUAGACGCCACUUUUACCUACCCCUUCAGGUUAAACGAGGUAGUGCUAGUAGAGAGUAACAAGACGGUGUGUAACCGCACCCUGCCCGAGACUCACCUGGUGGGGGACUCGGCGUCUUCGGCGGAGUUCUUCGUGGCCAUCGCUGUCCUGUCCUUCCUCUACUGCCUGGGGGCUGUGUUGCUCUACACGGGAUACAUGCACGUCUACAGGGACACGGCAUUUGGCCCCACCAUGGACUUCCUGGCGACAGUGAUCCUGGCCUUCCUCUGGCUGGUGUGCUCGUCGGCCUGGGCCCGGGGCCUACAGAACGUGAAGGACGCCACGGGCACCGCGGGAAUCCGCGAGACGCUGCCGCUGUGCGGCGAGCCGGGCGUGUACUGCGAGGUCACGGAGUUCGCCAACAUGCGCAGCCUCAACGUGUCCGUGGUAUUUGGCUACUUGAACAUGAUCUUGUGGGCAGGUAACGCUUGGUUCGUGUACAAGGAGACACACUGGCACACCCAGAAGUAUCCUGCCCAGCACGGGGGAGGGCGCGGGCCGGUCCCAGCCCCCAUCUGACCGCUCACACGCCUCCUUCACUGUCCCGGCAGCCCGCCCCUAAAUCCUCCCACCAAUCAGAAAGUGUUGCGAGGCGUGUCUCCUCAGAGUGAGGAACACACCGCCACGCCAGCAACUGGAGCAGGAGGACUUUACUUGCCUUUACAACACAGCUGCCCAUAUCUACUCACAGUACACAUGCACUUACUUACACCCCUGCUCUUACGGUACAUCUGCCCUUACCUACACACAUGCACCUACAGUUCAUUUGGCUCUACCUACACACCUGCAUAUUGAGCAUACCUGUCCAUACCCACACACCUGCACUAACCUACACACCUCCCCUUACAGUACACUAUCCUUUACCUACACACCUGCCCUAACCUACACACCUCCCCUUACCUGCACACCUGCACUUAGAGCACACCUGAAAUUACCUGCACACCUUAAUUCCAUUUUCAGUCAUUUCUGUGAUAAUUCUUCUUCUCUUACUGUAAGGCCAUAAGAGGUGAUACCUUCCUGUUAUCAUUUCUCUAAUGCGAGCAAUUCUCUAGUAAUGGCACAGUUGUUCAUAGUAUGAGUUUUUAAUCACUUUUUGAAAAAUACCUUAUGAAUAGUAUCUUUUUCCUCACUGUUUCACUGUUGGGCCUUAUUCACAUGAGAUGUAUCAACGCUAUGGGCACAAAGAAGUAGCUUGUUCAUAUGGACCAAGGAGUGUAGUGCAGCUGCUCUUGCCUGAUUAACAUGCUCAUGUGAUGGAGUUUUGACUGCUCUCACUCAGUAACUUUCCCGAGUGAAAAUGGCGACUGUAAUGAAGCCUUUACAUUCUUACACCUGCUGCUUGGGUUGUGAUGUGGCCCGAGCUUCAUUGUUUAUGCCGUAGUUUUGGGGUUGACUCGGUCAAUGCAGGAGUCAUUAUUCUUGGUGAAAGUUGAAAUCUACUGACGUUUAGUUUUAAAUUUUAAAGCUACAGAUGGUGUCCACAGUGUUCAUACACUAGAUAAUGUGUUAAUAAGGUUUGUAGUCCUUUCAUGGCUUGUGUGAAUCAGUCUGUUUCCUUGUAAAUGCA